AUGUUAGGAAAGUUAUGCCAUUUCGUCAUGCGUUACAUACAGGAUGAGCCUAGGCGCCUGUACACAUGUGCUUCGCAUGUCCCUGAAGUAAGCCAAUGAGCUUUAAGAUGGUGAUUUUGACUUCUCGUUUAGACAACAUUCCCAUGUGCGGGGAAAGUAAUGUAAACUGACAUGCAGUAUCGGCGAUUUGGUAUAAUUAGUUUUGUGUGUCAGCAUAAAUCAGGUCUCAAAGUAUGGAUAUAGAAGUGAUAAAUGUAUGCGAUAAAGUCUCUAAAUAUGAUGCCGUAUCUGAUUCAGAUGAUAGUACUGAAAAUCUACCGUCAUUGAAGGAAAGGAUAUUAUUGUUGCAUGGGGAAAACAAAAGAAAAACUUUUUCAAAAUGCAUGGUUUCUCAUGUGCAUUCUAUAUCAGAGAGUGAAGAUAGCGAAGCUGAGCCUGAGAGUGUGAAAUGGAUACCAGAAGAUUGCAAAGCCACUAAAUUGACUAACUGUGCUGAAGAAAAAGACAUUAAUAAUAAAUCUGAUGAAGAAUGGGAUAUCGGGAAAUUUAUAAGUGAGCCAGUUGUACUAGUUGAGCCAGUAUUGACAUCUAAUCAAGUUCUUUCUAAAACAGCAAAAAGAAGGAAAAUAGCUGAGAAACAAUCUCCAGAUAGCAAGAACAUAGAAAAAGAAGAAAGAAUUAGAUUAAGAGAAGAAAAAAGAAAAGAGAAAGAGUUAGCUAAAGCUUUGAAAUUAUCAGAGAAGGAAAUACAGAAACGUAAAAGACCUGAAGAAUGUCUGAAGAGCAUGAAAAUUAUUGUUGAUCAUAACAUAAUUUUUGAAGAUGGAAGUCAAGAUGCUUUCUGUGUACUGGAUGAAAAUAACUUGAAAUAUAGUAUUGAAGAAAAUCCUAUAAAUUUAUCCAUCAAGUGGUAUAGAACUGUCAUUAGCAUUACUAUGGAAAAUGGACAGGUAGUGAAAGAAGAAAGGGAUGAACUUGAAAAUAUCUUGGUCUUGUUAAUUUCUAACAAAGACUUUGUACAAAUGGUGUAUGCAUCUUCACAGAAAGUAAGGAGGAAUACCAAAGAAGAACCUACUCUUCUGGAGCAUAUUACCAAUAUUAAAUCUUUAUUUCCUAUGAUGGAUAUAACAUGUGCCAUUGUUGGCUUGGGAAAAUAUAUAAGAGAAAUGAAAGAAAAUGCAAACAUAGAUAUUGAAAGAAAAAGGGUUUUAAAGCAAGUUUCUAAAACAGCCUCUGAAGAAGUUGCAACAGAAGUUCAACUGCAAGCAUUUGUGAAUUUUAUCUUUUUAGAUUCCAUGAAAGAAUUUGGCGAUACACUUUUUCGUUUCACAAAAGCCAUUGCAGAGGCACCACUUAAAAAAGAAAAGCAACUUCAGAAAGGUCUGGCAUUCUCUUGGUAUGCUGAUGCGGAUACCAGUUGUCCUGUCAAGUUAGAAAAAGAUGCUUCAGGCUGCAUAAAAUUAUGGCAGCAGCAAAUUCAGCAAUUUCAGAAUGUUGGACCAGAAGUAGCUGAAGCAAUUGUGUCAAAGUAUCCCUCUCCACGGCACUUAAUGGAGGCAUACAAGCGAUGCAGAAGUACAAAAGAGGCUGAAAUUCUGUUGCAAGAUAUAGUGGUGAGAAGAACUUAUGGACCUUUAGGAACUCAGCGACGUGUUGGACCUGAAUUGUCAUACAAGAUUUAUCUCUUUUUUAAUUCAACAGAUGGUAAUCAACUUUUGCAGCGAUGAUGUUUAUUUUGUAACAAAUCUUAGAAGAUAGAAUCAUUGUGGAGAAGGAUCUUAAAAUUGUUUUUUGACUUCAAAUGUUUUUAGUUGGAAUAUAAUGGCAUUUCUGUGCUUCAUCUUUAUGAAUAAAUUUUAACUUCAAUGCAUAUGCAUAUAAAUAUAAAUAGUGUAUUGUUAUACAUGUAUUUUCUGAUGUAAGUUAUUUUUUGCUAAAUUAAAAAAAAUUAAUGCAA